GUCAGCUCGACACCUCUUUAUGUAAGCUUGACACCUGUAUAUGUCAGCUUGACACCUGUAUAGGUCAGCCUGACACGUCUAUAGGUCAGCUUGACACCUCUAUAGGUCAGCUUGACACCUCUAUAGGUCAGCUUGACACCUCUUUAGGCCACAUCGACACUUCUGUAGGUCAGCUUGACACCUCUAAAUGUCAGUUUGUCACCUCUGUAG